UGGACCACAACUCCGUUAGGUCUGUGUGCUGUGAGAUUGGAAAAGUAGUGUAGGAGUUUCGGACUUAUUUCCGAGAUUGUUCUGUUUCCAAUGUUGUGGUGAUGAUUUGGCUGCUCUCAAUGAAUAUAAAAAUGUGAAGAGAUGGACUUUAUGACGAUAUUCGGAGCCAUUUUUGUCUUUUUUUGCCACACGGGCUCAACAUCUAAACUCUUCAGUGGCCAGCGCAUCUGUCGGCGAGGCACCGAGAGGCCGUGCUACCGGCUGGCUCACAUCCCGGACCCGCGGCAGCGGGUGAGCUAUGAGGAGGCGCGGGAGGCGUGCCGGGGCGACAGCGGAGAGCUGCUGAGCGUGGAGACGGAGGACGAGCAGCGGCUGGUCGAGCGCUUCGUCCACGAGCUCUCCGGAGACUUCUGGAUCGGACUCCGCCGGAGCCUCCGGCACCGUGAACCCGGGACCAGCUGCUCUGCACUAUACUAUUGGCUGGACCGCAGCCAGGCCACAUACAGGAACUGGCAAUGGGAUGAGCCCUCGUGUGGCCGUGAGAUGUGUGUGGUGCUGCACCAGCGCCCCUCUCAGGUGGGUGGGGUCAACUACAAGUGGAACGACGUCAGCUGCAACCUCAGACACAACUUCAUCUGCAAAUACACAGACGAAAAGAAAUAUGAUGUCAUCGUCACUCCGGCCCCCCCACGGGUCAACCCAGAGGCUCCAGUUAUCUCUGUCACGCCAAAUCAAGGCACCGUCACCGGGGACGACAGGGAUGUGAGAGCUGGCGUCUCUGAGUCAUCAGUGUCCUCCACAGACGCGACCCUCAACAUCCUGCUCAUCACCAUCCCCCUCCUGCUGCUGCUGCUGCUGCUGGGCUCCGGCCUCUUCUGCUACAGGCUCAUGGCCAACAGGAGGAAGGAGCCGUCGGAGCCCAUCUAUGCCAAGCCAGGCCAGUGGGUCUCAAAGGGCAGCAGUGCCAGUGCAAGCAUCCUCUUCUCACAGCAGGGGGAGCCAUUGAGCAGCCAGCGCCCCCAUGCCCACAACAGCCCCUCGUUUGGCAUCUCUGCCCCUCAGGCGGCACCACUGAGUGCCCGUCGUGCCUGUGCCCCAUCCAGCGGUCAGUAUGAGGACUACGAGAACGUCCCCAGCAGCCCCAAGCAGCCGGCCAGCGGCUUCGUCACCAACGACAUCUACGAAAGCUGCAGGAACCCCACUGCAGUGGAGGCAGGCUGGGUGGACAAUGAGAUCUAUGGAUAUUAAACACACACACACACACACACACACACACACACACACACACACACAGACACAGAGAGAGAGAAAGACACACACACACAUCAGAUACUGAACUCUGUCUCACACAUACACACAAACACACAGCUCAGACACAUUGAACACUCUCUAUCUCACACACAAAAACACACAGACACAGUUACACACUCAAACACACACCUCACAGAUGAACUCACUCACAUGCUAACAUAACAUGCACACACACACACACACACACACACACACAUACACACACACCAAACAGUCAGGGUGAGCGCUAAAAGCGCUGAGAUGUUCCUGCACCCCCCCCCCCACACACACACACACACACACACACACGUCCUGCCGUCCUCUCCUCGCCUCUUCCUGUGUGGAGCCCCAUGUCCUGGAAGGGGCCGAUCCAACCACAUACACCCAUGGCAACACCGUGACCCAUAACCCCUCACCAUGUUCUACCUCUGUGUGUGUGUGUGCACGUGUGCGUGUGUUUGUUGGUGUGUGUUUGUGUGUGUGUGUGUGUGGUCUCUAGAGGGAGCCCUGCGGCUGGACCCACAGCAGCGAGAACAAGAACUGUGUGUGUGUGUGUGUGUGUGUGUGUGUGUGUGUGUGUGUGUGUGUGUGUGUGUGUGUGUGUGUGUGUGUGUGUGUGUGUGUGUGCGCGUGUGCGUACGUGUGUGCUGUAGUGUGCUGCCACUCUGCGGGUGCAGAGUAGGCCUGUAGCUCGAUGCACAAGAACAUGGAGAGUUUCUUAUCAAAUCCACUAUCUUCAGUUGUGCUGCCUUUUAACUCAAUUACGCUUGACAUCUAGUGGCUGGUACUUUAUCAAGAUACUUUAUUUCCUGAAUUAUAUUAGUCAAAAAACAGUGUGAUGAUCUGCAAGGUAUUGCAAAAGUUAAUAUGAUAUUUGUAUAUUACUGAAAAAAUAUGAAGCUAACAGAGGAAUUCUUUUCCAUUAAAUACCUUAUUGCUUGGUUUUGUCUUGCUUUUACUUAAUUAUUUUUUUAUUGCAUUGCAUCUAGUAAAAUAAAGCCUAAAGUGACCAAA